GUGACGCAACUAUCGAGCCCCGUGUAGCGUUUUGCACGCUUUGUCAGCCUUCGACAGAAGGUGACCGGCUUUAGUUCUUGAGCCGUUAGUACAAAAUACUCCUGUUGUCUAGUGAAUUAGUGAGCUACACUUCGUGAUGACCGUGCCGACGUCACCAACUGAACCAAUUCAGGUAACAGGUGUGAUUAAGAAGACCUUCCCCUCCAAGCGAGAGCCGUAUGGAUUCCUGAAACUGCUCACCCCGUUUGAGAAACGUGGAAUGGAAGCAGCUUUUUUCUACCAUGACAUCAACAUCCCACAAUCAGAACGUGACUACAUACAGCCGGGCUUGAUGAUGCAAUUUACAAUCAUCAAAAAGCCGGAGGACCACAUGAGCAGUCCAGUCUCAUUUAAAGCGUUGGACAUUACACCGGUCGAGGUCAUAGAGCAGCCCGCAUGUGUCGUGCGUGGGCCCCGUGAACAUGGCAAGGGCAUCAUCGUUUCCUUAGAUUACUUCCCGACCAAUAUGCAUAUUACAGCAGCGUCGUGGUCAGAAUUGUGCGCAUCGGAGCCGAUAUUCAGACCACUUUUACCAGGAGAUUACGUGGUAAUUCGUUCGACCUGGAGAGAGAUUCUCCAGGCAGCUAAAGAAAAGCGGUCUCCUGUGGCCGAGCUAGUAUCGCGACUCGAACGACUUCCACUUACUGUCCGUAGCCAACGUUUGAGUAAUAAGCAUCGCUCCUUAUCGAAUCCUGUGCUAGAUAAAGAUACAGAUAGUGAAACAGGGGCCGGCACUCCAACUACAACAGCAGCAACUCAUACAGCUCAAACUGAGGAGCCACAAAAGACAGAUAGCAAGAAAGAUGAUGGCAAACCGACUUCACUAGAAGGAGAGCCUGAGGAAAAUGACAAGGAGCCCGAAGAUAUCAUACAGCAGGACGUGCCAGCUAAAACCAGCUCUACGCAGCAGCAACAACAACAUCAACAACGAACCGAUAGCGGCGAACUUGCCUGUGGAGCUGUUCAACCCGUCAAGGACAGUGGCUACGCAGUCGACGAAGGUGUCCAGCUACAGCAAGCAGCUUGCCUCGAAAGGCAAGGUUGGAAACGUGGUGGACCCCAAACGCAUGCGCCAACAGAGCGCAAACGGGCAAGAAGUUGCGGAAGCGGACUUCCACAUCAAGCGUUGUUUAAUCAGACGCUCUUUACAGAGGAACUCGUUCGACCUAUGCAUGCUACUGAUGUUGAUGAAAGUAACCCGUUGUCGCAACGCGUCAGCUCGCCUUUGCACGACCGGCCCUUCCUGCCCCAGUUCCAUUCGCAUUGCCCGGCUGGUGGGUUUGUAACAUGUGAGAACGGCUGCAGCCUACCAACAUGGGCCCAAGCUGGAAUAUGGCCUCAUUGGCUACAGAUGCCUUUCAGAGGACAAUACUCAUCUUUUCCAAGCCGUAUGACGUUGGCGGACUAUAUCUAUAAUGGCGGGAAACUUUGAGCAAAAUUCUAACACGGUGUGUGUAUGCAUAAUGUAUGUACGUACAUAUACUAAAAAAAAACAUUGCCUAUUGGCAUUAACGUGCAGCCAUAGUAGUAAUAUGUUUCUAUUUAUGUCGCAAAUAGCUUUAGUUAAAUAAAUAAACUGCUGUUCACCUGUAAACAGGGCCAGGUUUUUAGUAGUUGAUACAACUCCUAUGAAAUGAAAAUGAUUAUCAUUAUUUUGACUUCUUGUUGAAUAAAGUGGUUCUCAUUCUUAAUUUUUAAUUAUACGCCCCUUGCUUUUCCAUUCAUCUUUAUAUUAGGCAUUGUAAUGUUCGAAAGCUUUCUAGCAGCAAAGUUUACCUGAAUAUUUUUUAUGAUCUGGUUGCGCAGAGAAAACGUUCUAUGCUCGGACAAAGGUCGAAGUACUUGCACACUUGUCUUACAGCCCAUGUGAUUAUAAGACGAAACAGUUAUGUAUAUUAUACGAUUUCAUAGCAACUGUUUGUUCAUCAAUGCGAUGGUGACACAAAUACAGGGAAACAGUAUAAAAGGUGGGGAGAUUAAGAGCAUGUAGUGACCGUUUUAGACCAGCACAAGUAAAUGACGGCGAACAAAUUUACAAAAACCUAAAAGUAACGCUUUUUUUUCCUUUUCAUCUUUAUGCGACCCGACAAAGUAAGUACUUUGUUAUUUGUUAACUGACAGUCAAUAUGGGCAAUCGAGUAAUUUUAUGUUGCUGCUAGUUAUCACUGUUGCAGCCUGAGUCAUGUUCAGAUCGACUCCUAGUACCAUCGAUGGCUCACGUGCCAGACGGGGUAUACCAGACAAAGCAACAUUGCGCUUUUUAUUUAAUUAAGAUAAUCAGAUACUUUUGGUUUACUAAAGCAAUGACGAAUCGUAGCAAUAGACCAUUAUGAAUGAUAAACGAUGAGAUGAAGACUGCAAACGCGCAAAGAAUAGCAGACUUUGUUUACCAGAAACAUCAUCAGCGUACUAUGAAGCUCGAGUUGUCUAGUCACUCACAGUAUGAUUUACAUCACUGAUUGGAAAAUCAUUUUCGAAUACAAGUGAUCUGCACAGUAUUUUUAUUUCGAUAGUAACACCGUAACGAACAUAUCUCUGUACUUAAAAUGACCACAACGACGCGAAAAACAAAAAGUAGUAGUUGGUAUUUUACUACUUUAGCUCUCAAGGUUACCGCAAUACACAAGCGCUAUUGUCAAUGGAUACAAUUUAUUUAUUAAACAAUUUGAUAAGUUAUUAUUAACACAAUUAGGUAUCAUAGUUUAUUCCGUUGUCCGAAGAAGUGUCCACGAGUGAGGGGCGCUCAUCCGAGGGGCGCUGCUAUUUUACUACUGCGUUAUCCCACUUUCGCUUUCCAUUUUUGUUUUUGGCCCUCUUCACCAUUCACCAUUUCCCAUUGGCCCACUGAAAUUUCCGUUAUUUCUUCCCUUUUAAACCGCCCACAUUCUGCUUUUAGCAAGUAGUUCUCUUCAGUUCUUCCAAAGCCCCGCAAAAAGCCCGCCUCGCAAAAUUCACGUAUCUGUGUUUUUACGACCCCCUUGCGCAUUCGUUUUGUUUCUUGACCGUUAUCAUCUACAUAUUUUUGUCUGUCAUUGGUCUUCUCCCAGAACAUUAAAAAUAUUCUGCAUUCGCGUUUCGCGUCUGCGUUCUGUGUCUUGUUCGACCACUUCAUGUUUGUACCCCCAGAACACGCUUUCGUCUUCUGUAUCUUGUAAAUUCUCUUUAUCUCUCUCUCUCUCGCUCUUUCUUUCUCUCUCUCUCGCUCUCUUUCUGUGUGUUUUUCUUCCUCUCUGGUUUUUCAUUUUGUUCCUAACUUCAUUUCUCUCGCUCAGCCUUUAUAUAUAGGUGUUUCUCAUCAUAUACUCAACUGCCUGUAUGCCCGUAGGUUUUGCGCGGUAGUUCAGGCUUCUAGCUAAGUUUUCAAAAGUCAGAAUCAGCAACGAGUCCCUCAACCCGGCAUGAUUAGUACCAACAGCACAUUUUUUCUGCGUGUCCACUUAUUUCCAAGAUCAUCGUUACCACCUUGAUCACGGUUAUGAUGAUUUACCCCAAAAUGGUCUUAUCUAGUGUCUACUUCAGCUUUUUCUGUUUGUAUGAAUAAUAUCAUUUUAUAUAAUCACGUUUCCAUUAUGUUCUGCUCAUCAUUAAGGUUUCUCUUUUCGUCAUCACUUUUUUUUUAAUCAUCGUCAUUAAUAUUGUCAUUAUCUUCACCAUUCAUCACGUUAUAUAUCGCGUGUUUAUAUAUAUAUAUAUAUAUAUAUAUAUGCAAUAAUAGCAAUAAUUAUUUAUAAUAAUUAUAGUAAUAAUGCUUAUGUUCACCAUCGUCAUCAUUGUCAUUCAUAUUAUUAUUACCAUUAUCUUAUUGUGUGUGAUGUAAAUUAUCUACCACCAACCUGUUC